CUGUAAUGGCUUGGUGGUAUGCAGUGAGUGAAAUAGUAGAGUGUUCCUUCUGUAUUAGGUCCAUCUAUUGUUUCAGUAGCUUUGUCAUAGUGAUGUCAAUCUGGAUGACUUAAAUCUUGGGAAGUAGUUAGAUCUUUAUUGUGAUUCCAAAGAGCCAACGUGAUUGGCUUGGCUAGGGUUGGUGUCAGUAAUCGAAUCGUUUCUUUCAUCAUUGAAUAAAAUCUUUCUUGUUCUACAAACUGUCAAACUGAGUGUUGCUGAGUAUAGUGCUUCAAGAAUUUCAUCUCAUUCAAAGUCAACAAUUGGUAUCAGAGCAGGCUCUUCAAAGGAUUAGCAAUCGGUGAAGAGGAUCCGUUCAGGAUGACAGGAUUAUCACCUGCAUCAGCUUCAUACUCUGCGAGCACAAAUCCGCCAUGGUUUGAUGGGACGGAUUACACGGUAUGGAAAAAGAUAAUGAGGAUCGACCUCUGCGGCAUUGAUGGAGACAUCUGGAAAAUUGUCCGCAAAGGACCCAUUCCUAUGGAUGAAGAAGAUGAAGAAAAGUGGGAAGAUGAGCAAAUGAUCUCAUCCCAACUAGAUUCAAGGGCGAUGCACAUCCUGUUCUCUGCCCUCUGUCCAGAAGAAAGGAGUCAAGUGGCUCAGUGCGAAAUUGCCAAGUAAAUAUGCGAGUCUCUUCAGACUACCCACGAAGGUACUGACUCGCCUUUACCGUCACACUAGAAAAUGGCCGAGUGCAACCACCUACUAGUGCUUAGUAUAGCGGGUUUGAGUUUUAAUGUCAACCCGGGUCCUAAGUGUGAUGACUACUCUGGGAAUUCUUAUUAUUUAGCAAUGAAAAUGUAGUGAAGGUCCAAGUAAACAAACAAGCAAAGCAGUAAAAGGUUUUUUUCAAGUUGAGAGAGGUCACCUGGAUAUGGUUCGCCUUAGACUGCAGUUAAGGCAGAUUGUAAUUUACCAAGCUCUAAUUCAAAGAUAGUUAUACUGCGGGAGGUUCUUAAACAGUCUGCAGUCUCGACUAAAGGUCUCCAGACCCUCUCAAUAUGAGUCCCCAGCCGGGCGACUAACCUCCAUCGGAGUAAACAGAUUGAGGCCCUAAUAAACCAAACCUCCUCUACCGGAGUAACUCCAGUACAUAAUAGUGAAUUGACUCCUCGACUAAAGUUGUCAAUUCACUACCUCCAAUCAAGGGUGCUCUAUCAACCUAGGCAGAUAUUCCCUUUCUAGGUCAAAGCAGAAAUAACAGGAAUUUGAUCAGGAUUCGUGCCAUUCAUAAAAUCAAUCCUCAAUUGAAUAUAAUCAAGUCAAUGGAUUCAAACUCGGGUUCAUACAAUCAGACCUAACAUACAAAUCUAGGGGUUCUUCAUACCCAGGUGAAUGUGGAAGUUACUCCAUGAAGAAAGAAGCAAACUCUAGCUCAGAAGCAGAAAACAUGCUGUGAAGAAUAGGGUUCUGCUUCUGGUCGUCAAUCGGCACUUCUCCAAGCGUUAUCUGGGCUCCACUGAUGAUGAAGAUCGAUCUAAGGGGCUUGGGAACUCUCGUUCGUCGCUUUCUCUCUCUAGGUAUCACUUUCUUUCUCUAAAACUCGGAACCCUCCAAAAAUCAGCCUUCUUUCCCUUAAAAACCAGCAAGCCGCGAUCCCCGGUCAUAAUCCCCGGUCGGGUAUUUCGGGUGCCCUGCCGGGGAUUUCGAAAUGUAGCGCAGCGGUACAGGGGAUAAUACCCGAUCGAGGUCAAGAAUACCCGAUCGGGUAUUUUUGCUCUCUGGCCGGGACCUCGUCUGCCUUCUGGGCGUCCAAAACUGCUUUUCCCUGGCCUCCUCAGAAUUUUACCCGGCCGGGUAUUUUAACUCCUGGCCGGGUAUUUUGCUCUUCCAGCACCCUUCACUCCCAUGUCCUCCUUUUUUACCCGAAACUCAUUUCCUCGCCUUCACGUCAACGCCAAGUCCUGAAAUAUGACAUAAACACACAACCUAGCGUGAAAUCAGCUUAAAACACGAGAAUCAACAUCUCAAACGGCUCAAAAAUGGAGGUAAAAAUAUGUGCAAUCAAUGGUCUAUCAGGUACGUCAGAAGUAAAAGAAAGUAGAUAGAUAUGCCGUUAAACGAAUAUGAAUCAUUUGAAAUGAAUUUUGGAGAAUCAAUAUCUAGUAUGUAUAAAAGGUUCAAUGAUCUUAUUAAUAGGCUGAAAGGCUUAGGAAAAGUGUUUGCCGCCAAGGAACUUGUUAGAAAAAUACUCAGACCCAAGAGAACUACUAUAGAAGAAGCUAAGGAUCUAAAUGUGCUAUCUAUUGAAAGGCUGGUAGGUUCCUUGUUAAGUCACGAAGAAGUAAUCAUACAAAUGAACAAAGAAGACAAUCAACGUAAAAAGGUUAUUGCCUUCAAAGCUCAAGACUAUGAUAAUGAAACAGAAUAUGAACU